AAUUUUUUUAAUGGAAAUAUGGAGAAAAUGGUAGAUUGGAGUGAGUAAUUUGAUACAUUUACCAAAUGUGGAGUUGUAGGAAAAAUAAUUUUAAGAUAAAAAUUGUCAUUAACGCCAGCUAGCAAUUAACCUAAAAGUACUAUUUAUUGAAGUCUAGUAGAUAAAUAAAUAAAAUUAGUUAAGUUGUUUAGUGAGUGAGGUUAAAACAAACAAAAUGCAAAAUCCUAAUGAAGAUACCGAGUGGAAUGACAUCCUCAGGUCAAAGGGAAUUAUUCCAGAGAAGCCCAAAGAGAAGGAAAUUACGGAAGAUCAAAUAAUUAACCUGCUUGAAAAUACUGUGGAUCAAAGAACUGGUCGUGAAACGACAAAAUUAGAAGACAAAACUUUAGAUGAGCUAGACGAGCUCGAGGACGAGGAAGAUGAAAAAGUUUUAGAAGAAUACAGACGGAAAAGGUUUGCUGAAAUGAAAGCACUGGUGUCCAAAUCAAAAUAUGGAGAUGUUAAGGAAAUAUCUGCUCAGGAUUACGUUGCUGAGGUUAAUAACGCUGGUGAGGAUGUCUGGGUCGUUCUUCAUUUGUAUAAAUCUGGGAUCCCACUGUGUACUUUGAUAAAUCAAUAUUUGUCAUCGCUGGCUAAAAAGUUUCCAGUGACUAAAUUCUUGAAGAGCAUCUCCACGACCUGCAUCCCCAACUGGCCGGAUAAAAACUUACCUACGAUAUUUGUUUAUCACAAUGGAGAAAUGGCUAAGCAGAUAAUUGGACCCAUAGAACUCAGAGGAAUGAAACUGACUGAACAAGAACUGGAGUGGAUGUUGGGCGAAGCCGUACCGUCUAAAAUAAAAGAAGAUCCAAAGCCAAAAGUCCGCGACGUACUUUUUUCAAAUUUACGUAUUAAUGACAAUAAUGAAAGCGAUGACUGGUGACGUCGAUUUAUUAAUUUAAUUAAUUAUUUAUUUUAAUGAAUAUUUAAAUUAAAUUAACAUUUAGAGAUUUAUAUUUAAAUGAACUUUUAUUAAAAUAAUUGAAAUUUUUUACGAGAUAUGUAUUAAAUAUUUUGAAUAUUUUAUUUUAUUUGAUUAAUUCAUUAAUAAAACAAAUUUUAAUUAA